UGGUUGUCAUAAAUAUACUUUUUCUACUACGGGAUGUUGUCCUGAUUAUUCGAGUAGAUUUCAUUCGCUAAAUUAUCGGAUGAGGCAGAAGUAUGGGGCUGAGGCCCUUCAACCCAAAAUCCCUGAAGCUCCAAUUUCCAAGUCAGAUGAUAGUAGUGCUUCGAUCCAUGAACACUUGUUUCCCACUUCUUCACAACUAUUUGCAGAUUCGUUAAGAAGAGAUUUAAUGGAUUCGAUCCAGGUCGAAAUACUAGGUGAUAGGGUUGUAAUUAAUGGCUCAGCUACAAAGUCACUCAGAAUCUAUGAAGAUCCAGUUUCCGAGUCAGAUAAUGAGUAUAUGGGUCUCGGCUUCUUUGGGGAUUAG